ACCUCGUCAACGAUGCUGCACGAACUUCCUACUGAAAUAGCGCUCUACAUAGCAUCUUAUCUCCCACUACAAUCUCUUCGUAGUGUCUUACUCGUGUCCAGUAAAUGGCAUAGUCUGAUCGCAGAUAAUGUCCAGGCAGUUUACCGCAACGCAGCAAUCUUACAUUGCUUCAUCCUCCCUGCCGAUCUCCAGGCAGAAUCCUUUGAUCAGAAAUCAAAUUCGAAGAACAGAGAUUGGACAAAAUUCUGUCAAGGACGAUUGCAGAUCGAGAGGGGUUGGCGAGGCAAGGCUCCUUCCGUCGCGAAAGAGCUCAAUGCCACCGGCAAAUUCGUGCAUCGAAUGAAGGUUGACCAGAAGCAAAAGUUUGUGAUAACUACCCGCCAUACAAGAGGCCUCUCCGUGACCGAUUACAGUACUGACCGCGUACUUUGGGAAACAAAUCUUGUAGACGAUUACGCUCACUGCGAAUACGAACAUGGCUACAUUAUCUUCAAUCGUCAUGACAACUGCAAGGAAGUAUGGCGGUACGCCCAUGACUUCCAAGACUCUGACAUCCCAGAGGACUUCAAACCUGACGAUCCUAUGAUCAAUGCAUCCCAGGAUUCUGCUCGGCGUUUUGCCUCCUCAACAAAUCGUGGCCAUUUCAGACCAUGGGCCCUUCUUCAGAUGCCUGAGUUCACCCGUGCAUUCCGCUUCUCGUAUCCAACCCUCCUUUCGGCUGGCGCAAUCAAUGCUUAUUUGUGGGAUAUCCCGACCUCCCGUCUUGUUGAAACGAUCAGCAAUAUACAGGCGCCGAACCAAGACGGGAUGCUAGGGCGCCUUAACUACGUCGAAGUCAACGACCACUACGCUUUCUUCUGUGGGUCCAUUCAACUGCGCAUCUUUGCGAGGGGUGGGGGGGCCUUGGUCUAUCAUCUAGCCAUGAAAGAUUUGCCAAGUACUAACUGGGACGUACUUCCGGAUAGCAACGAUGUCCCAUGCACUUCUUCUCUCUACCAGCCUCAACGCCUUCAUGAAACAUUCCACGUCUCUGAAACAUCUCAGAGCCACUUUGUCGCAGUCCACGUAUCUUCCUCGGGCAAAGACUUGGCAGCCCUUACCGCAUCAGGGAUCUUCGUUUGGAUCCCCGGCUUCGAACGACUCAUCCAUCGCGAGGCCACUCUCAACGAUAUAGCAACCCUCCUCAACUUUAAUCCCUCCCCCGAUAACCCCCGAGACAUCUCCAUCUAUCUGGCCCUCGGAGAAUCCAACGAAAAAGCUGCAAUCGCAACCCGCAAGGGUCUGUUUAUCGUCUCCCUAGACUCCGAAAUCAGCAAGUUGACUGCAGAGCCCCCACCCCGCCCUGGCGUAUCUGUCUGCCGCGUCAAGAAAUACGAACACAGCCGACACCUAUCCUUCAUAUCAUGUCUGCAAAUGACGCAGACCGGCCUCUUUUUCAACUGGUUUCCCUCUUCCGAGCAAAACAGGCUCUCUCAGCCUGCACGGCGUCUCACGGUGCCUGGACAUGCGCCUUUUCAGGCUAUUCCGGCUCAAUAUUUGCCUGGGUUUGAGCCUACUGUGUCUAGUGAUGAUGAUGAGCCAGGCGAAGAAGCAGCUCCUGAUCCGCCCUCUCCCGUCAACACCGAGCAAGCUGGCCCGCCUUCACUGGUCGAAACGCAUGAAGAGGAUGAGGACCAUGAGGACGAUAUAGCGGUUCUCGCAGUGGAUGACGACGAAGCGGACGAUUUCGACAUGGACGAAGCAGAGGAUGAGGUGAUCGGUGAUCUUCAGUUCGGUGGGGAUGGUUUUAUGCAGGUCAUCGUGAACGAUUGGUUCCUUCCUAUUAACUCGAGUAUGGUGCAUUGUAUACAUGUCUGACUUGUCGCCUUGUCAAAAUCUCCUGGUGUAUUUGUACAGAAUGUAAGGUACAUUUCAUUUUUACUGCAGUUCAGAACUUGCAUCAUCUCCCGUUGUCAUGCACGACGUCCCUCCUGUGUCAGUAAAAGUUCUUUUAAGCUACCAGAACGCGACCGUGGCUUUGACGUUGAUAUCUCUAUAUAAAUUUACAGUUAUAACACCC